AUGAGCUCUUCAGAGGACGACGCACCCCUCAUGCGCGUCAAUGGACGUGGUAAAGUCUCGCCAAAGUCUCCCGAGGUCGUCGAAAUGGCGGAUUCUAGCCCUGCCACGAACGGCCACGUUGAUCCUGGAAUAUCCAUCCGAUUUGGUCCUGUGGAAGACAAAGAUGUGAAGAUGGAGGAUGGAGAAGAUGCGCUGGCUGCUGGUAAGCGCAAGUCUCGGACCAGUGUGGGCGAAAAGAAGUCCUAUGCGGAAGCAGAAAGCAGCGAAGAAGAUGAGCCUUUGAGCAAACGCCGGCGUACAUCUGUGAAGCAUGAAGACCCCGAGACCGAUGACGAUGUGCCCUUGGGGCGCAACGGCCGCAAACUUCCCAAAGCCGCCGAAACAUCCAUCGGGGAUGAAUCUGAUUCCGACGUCCCGAUUGAACGGAAACUUGCUGCACAAAAGAAAAGGAUUGAGGAAACGGCGGAGAAUGAGGCUAAACCUGCGCGCAAACCUACAGCAACAAAGAAGCAGGCAAACGGCGUUAAGAAAGAGCCGGCUGCUAGUAAAGCUGCCCCGAAGAAGGUGAAGGCUGAACCAGCCACAGCCAAGAAGGGCAAGGCCAAGACCGCCGUGAAGGCAGAAAGCCAGGACGCCGAAGAAAAGGAAGAGGAGGAUGAAUAUCGCUGGUGGGAAGACCAUACCAAAGGCGAUGGAACCAUCAAGUGGACAACGCUGGAACACAAUGGCGUCGUGUUCCCUCCCGAAUACGAACCGCUGCCUAAGCAUGUCAAGAUGAAAUAUGAUGGUAUUCCGAUCACUCUUGAGCCAGAAGCCGAAGAGGUCGCUAGCUUCUUCGGUACCAUGCUCAACUCCACGCACAACGUGGAAAACCCUGUGUUCCAGAAGAAUUUCUUCGGCGACUUCAAGGAUGUCAUCAAAAAGAGCGGCGGGGCGAAAGACCCCAAGGGCAACAAGGUGGACAUCAAGGAGUUUGCCAAGUGCGACUUCAAGCCCAUCUUCGAAUUCUACGAAGCUCAGCGUGAGGAGAAGAGACAUCUGCCACCAGCAGAGAAAAAGGCUGCUAAAGCUUUGAAGGAUGAGCAAGAAGCUCCGUAUCAGUUCUGUAUCUGGGAUGGUCGCAAGCAGAAGGUGGGCAACUUCCGCGUGGAACCGCCUUCUCUGUUCCGAGGCCGCGGUGAGCACCCCAAGACCGGACAUGUCAAGACGCGCGUGCAACCUGAGCAAAUCACUAUCAAUAUCGGCAAAGAAGCAAAGGUUCCGCCGCCACCUCCCGGCCAUAAGUGGAAGGAGGUGAAGCAUGACCAGGAAGGCACCUGGCUUGCUAUGUGGCAGGAAAAUAUCAAUGGCAACUACAAGUACGUCAUGUUGGCCGCCAAUUCCGAUGUCAAGGGACAGAGCGAUUUCAAGAAAUUCGAAAAAGCCCGUGAACUCAAGAAGCACAUCGAGAAAAUCCGCAAAGAUUAUCAGAAGAACCUCAAACACGAUAUGAUGGUCGAACGACAGAAGGCCACCGCAGUCUAUCUCAUUGAUCAGUUUGCCCUGCGUGCUGGAAACGAGAAAGGCGAAGACGAGGCGGAAACUGUCGGUUGCUGUUCUCUGAAGUAUGAGAAUGUUACGCUGAAGCCCCCGAACACUGUUGUCUUCGAUUUCCUGGGUAAAGAUAGUAUUCGGUUCUACGAUGAAGUCCAGGUCGACCAGCAAGUCUUCAAGAACCUGAAGAUCUUCAAAAAGGCACCCAAGAAGAACGGCGAUGAAAUUUUCGACCGCCUUACGACUUCUGCCCUCAAUAAGCAUCUUGCCAACUACAUGCCUGGUUUGACCGCCAAGGUUUUCCGUACCUACAACGCGUCUUAUACCAUGGGUCGUGUUCUCAACGAGAUUAAGGAUACCGGUGGUACUAUAGCCGAAAAGGUGAAAGCGUACAACGAUGCCAACCGUAAGGUUGCCAUCUUGUGUAACCACAAGCGUACUGUCACUGCGGGCCAUGCCAAUGCAAUGGAAAAGAUGGGUGAACGGAUCAAGGGCCUUCGGUACCAGAAGUGGCGGCUGAAGCAGCAAAUGCUUGACUUGGACCCUACUCUGAAGAAAAAGAAGGGCGCAGCGUUCUUCGAAAUUGAUGAGGAUCUUGACAAAGAAUGGAUCGAAGAACACCAAGCCUUUUUGAUUGAGGAGCAGAGAACAAAAAUCACCAAGAAGUUCGAGAAGGACAACGAAAAGCGCGUUGCUGAUGGCGAGAAGGAGAUGAAGGCUUCCGAGCUGGAGGAGCGCCUGGAGGCCGUGAAGGAGAUGGAGAAGAAGUUCAAGAAGGAGAACAAAACCGGCAAGGUUGAGGCCGAGGCCAGAGGCGCAACAGUUCCAAAGCUUGAGAGUUCCAUCGCCAAGAUCGACCAGCGGGUUGAAACCAUGUCCGUUCAGGCUCAGGAUAAGGAAGACAACAAAGAGGUUGCCCUCGGUACCUCGAAGAUUAACUACAUUGAUCCUCGCCUCACGGUCGUCUUCAGCAAGAAAUUUGACGUCCCCAUCGAAAAGUUCUUCUCCAAGGCGCUGCGUGAGAAGUUCGAGUGGGCCAUCAAAUCCGUUGAGGAGGACUGGGAAUUCUAA